UGACGAGCACAGGAAAAGUCCACGAGUUUAUGCAAUGCCGUGCAUAAACGUAUCGUAAAGGUACUGGUUCCGAGUGCAACGUCUAUCACGUUUUUAUGCAGGGAUUUUGUUUUGGAGGUGGCGCGCCCGUCACCGCUCGACUGUUUUUUUUUUUUUUUUUCCUCUUCUGCUUAGUGGUUUGUGAACCGGGAUGGCGAAAGAACCGUACAAGACUGGAGGCCUCUACCGUUAACAGGACGGACGCGAGCCGCUGACGCCGCAACAGCCCGUGGAAACGGAGAGGCAAACAGACAAGACCAUGGGACACGGCGUGGGCUAAACUGGAAAAUCAAGUAACACAUGCUAACUGUUUCCCACCGUGGUGUAGGACAUGGCCACAUCCUCGCUCAGAGCAGAGUCUGGCCAUAACUACAGAGAAACAUCACAGCUCCAUGCAGUUGUUUCCUGUGCCAAAAUCAAAAGGAAGAAAAGCUUAUUUGGAGUUGCCAUUUACGUGGAGGUGACAGCGGAGGGGGAGUCGCGCCGCACAGCAAAGUCCCACAGCUCAUCUAGUCCAAAAUGGGAUGAAAGGCUUACUCUGAAUGUAACACCACGCAGCCAGGUAGACUUCAAAGUAUGGAGUCACAACACCUUGAAAGCAGACGCUCUGCUGGGAAAAGCUUCACUGGACCUGAUAGAAACCUUGGAGCAGCAUGAAAGCAAAUUGGAGAAUGUGAAGGAGGUGCUGAAACUGAGUGUGGAGCACAAGGGCGUUCUGAUGCCUGCAGGGGAGCUGACAGUCUACCUAGAUGGAUUUAAUGUCAGUGACCAGCAGGAACUGCCACCACUAACCAAUGGAAGUGCAACAAAUGGGACAAAAGUCCAGCAGAAUGGUGACGCCAUCCAUGAAAAUGGAGAAUCGUCUUCCUCAAGGCCUGCCAACAGCACAGGUAAUGGAACAGAACUGGGCCUACGGUCAGGUUCCUGUUCAGCCUCUAAUGGAGUGAAUAGUCAGGUGCCUUCCAGUUCCUGUAGCCCGGCUCUAAGUCACGUCGUCAAUGGCGAUGUCACGUCCAACUCCACACCAAGCCACCAACCAUCAGAUAGUGAUGCAGAGAGUAGGACUCUCAAUGGGGAGACCUGUGAUAUUGCUGCCGAGUCAUCAUCUGAUACAAGAGGGGAUGCGUUGCCUCAAGCAGAAAACCACGAGGACUGUACUCCAGAUCCCCUUCUGGCAGAUUCCGACACAGCACCAAUUGGCGUAUCUCAGUCGCCGCCUACGCAGGCUCCAAUCUUGUCUUCUGCUGCUAAGCAGAGUGAUGGUGCUGUCGCUGCUGAUGCUGCUAUUACUGCUGCCGCCUCCGCGCGAACUUCCUCAGCACAGGGUGCCACCACCAUCACAACGUCCACAUCAUCAGUCUCCUCCUCCUCCACCCCAGCAUUGGGAGAAACAAAUUUGUCAGCGGGUAGCAGUAGUAGCGCAGCAACAGUUGCUACAGAUGGGGCCAAACCCAGGCAGCAGGUCCCUGCAGCCGGAGCCCCCGACCCUCUUCCACCUGGGUGGGAGCAGCGAAAAGACCCACAUGGGAGAACAUAUUACGUAGACCACAAUACCAGAACUACCACCUGGGAAAGACCACAGCCACUGCCACCAGGAUGGGAGCGCCGUGUUGAUGACCGGGGCAGGAUCUAUUAUGUGGACCAUAACACCCGCACCACCACAUGGCAGCGUCCCACAAUGGAGUCAGUGCGGAAUUUUGAGCAGUGGCAGAGUCAGCGCAGCCAGCUGCAGGGAGCUAUGCACCAAUUUAACCAGAGAUACCUCUACUCUGCGUCCAUGAUGUCCGCUGAGAACGAUCCACUUGGCCCGUUACCUCCUGGUUGGGAGAGGCGUGUGGACUCCAAUGACAGAGUAUACUUUGUCAACCACAAUACAAAGACAACACAGUGGGAAGACCCCAGAACCCAAGGGCUACAGAAUGAGGACCCUCUACCCGAGGGCUGGGAGAUCCGUUACACAAGGGAAGGUGUUCGAUACUUUGUAGAUCAUAACACCAGAACGACGACAUUUAGUGACCCCCGCACUGGAAAGUCCUCUGUCACCAAAGGUCCACAGAUUGCAUAUGAGCGGAGCUUUCGGUGGAAACUUGCUCAUUUUCGCUACUUGUGCCAGUCGAAUGCUCUCCCUAGCCAUGUGAAGAUCACUGUCUCCAGACAAACAUUAUUUGAAGACUCAUUCCAGCAGAUUAUGGCCCUGAAACCUUACGACUUGAGACGGCGAUUGUACGUCAUUUUCAGAGGCGAGGAGGGUCUCGAUUAUGGAGGCUUAGCACGGGAGUGGUUCUUCUUGUUGUCGCAUGAGGUGCUAAAUCCCAUGUACUGUCUGUUUGAGUACGCUGGCAAAAGCAACUACUGUCUGCAGAUCAACCCAGCUUCAGCUAUCAACCCAGAUCACCUCUCAUAUUUCUGCUUCAUAGGCAGAUUUAUUGCAAUGGCACUUUUCCAUGGAAAGUUUAUCGACACGGGCUUCUCCCUGCCUUUCUACAAACGCAUGCUUAACAAGAAGCUCAUCCUCAAAGAUUUAGAGUCCAUCGACCCAGAGUUCUAUAACUCACUGAUAUGGAUCAGGGACAACAACAUUGAGGAGUGUGGUCUGGAGAUGUAUUUCUCAGUUGACAUGGAGAUCUUGGGUAAAAUUACAUCGCAUGACCUUAAACCAGAUGGCACCAACGUCCUUGUCACCGAGGAGAACAAGGAGGAGUACAUCAGUUUAAUGGCAGAGUGGAGGUUCUCCCGCGGAGUUGAAGGUCAAACUAAAGCUUUCUUGGAUGGCUUUAAUGAGGUGGUUCCACUUCAGUGGCUCCAGUAUUUCGAUGAAAAGGAGCUGGAGGUGAUGCUGUGUGGGAUGCAGGAGGUGGAUUUACAGGACUGGCAGAGGAACACGGUCUAUCGUCACUAUACCAGGAACAGUAAACAAAUCAUCUGGUUCUGGCAGCUUGUGAAAGAAGUGGACAACGAAGUGCGUCUGCGGCUCAUGCAGUUUGUCACUGGAACCUGCAGGCUUCCUCUGGGCGGCUUUGCUGAGCUCAUGGGAAGUAACGGGCCUCAGAAGUUCUGCAUUGAGAAGGUCGGGAAGGAAACAUGGCUUCCCAGGAGCCACACGUGCUUCAACCGUCUGGACUUGCCCCCUUACAAAAGCUUCGAGCAGCUCAAAGAGAAGCUCCUCUUCGCCAUCGAGGAAACGGAAGGAUUCGGACAAGAAUAAUGGAGCGCUCCUCCGGCAUUUUCCUCCUCCUCACCAUCACUGUUUGACUGAAAUCAAUCAAAUAAUUGCACAAGAUAACCACCAAUGUAUAUAAGCUAUUAUCAUUUUUAACCAAAUCUUAAUUUGCAGCAUCAUUCUUGCCGCAAUCCUAUUUUAUCAGACCUUUAAUAUAUGGAACGCCCAUCAAGAAAUAUGCAAAGCCGCCCUACCUUUUUGUUUUGUUUCAAGAAAAAAAAAAAAGAAAAUUGUCAAGAUGAACUUGCCCCUUCUCCUGACAGCUUUUGCAAAAAGCCUGUUUUUGGGACGGGAUUUUAUUGUGUAACGCAAUCUUCUUUUGAAGCUCUAGUUCUAUAGAGCUUUUAAGUAGUAGUUUGAAGCCUGGUGCCUGAAAUUCCCUUCAACCGACCACCUGUCCUUUCCCCAAUAAGCGAUGGCUUAAAAAAAAAAAAAAAAAAAAGCAAA